AACCGUCCAGCACUUAUCCUCUCCGGGCGUGCAUUUCACGGCGUGCUUCGGCGCGUGAAGACUUCCUACUCUCACCUGGAAGUUCACAGCUGCAUAGCCACCUGGCUAUCUCCCACCGACGAAAACCUCGAAUCGAAAAAACACCUCGACCCAACAAACGCGAAUUCGAAGGCAAUAGACAAUCGCAGAUCCGCCAUGAACCCCCAUCCUCGGUUGCAGAACCUACGAUCCACUGCCCAACUCCUCAGAGAAGCUGCCUCUUCUUUCUCUGCCAAUAUCGUCACCUUCCUUUUCCUUUCUCUUCUCAUCUUAUCCUUCCGUACCGUCGUUGAGAACGGCACUAGCCAUGUCACCUCUUUCAUCGACCGCGAUCCCUCCCUCAAAGCCCUCCUCUCUCGCCUUGACCUUGCCGGCAAUACCAACUCCAAUCGCUUCCGAUCUCCCGAAGAUCCUUCUUCUGCGGCCUUUCACCGCCACCGUCGUCGCCCUUUUCUCCAUCUGACCCGCGUCGGAACUCUGGAUGAUGACUUCUUCUCCAGCGAUGAUGACGAUGGUCGCUCCUUAUUCGGGCCAAACAAGAAAUCGUCCGUCAACAGCAGUUUUGUGGUUUUUGGGUCGUUUAACUUGAAAUCAGGGUUCUCGGAUCUUGUUAUUGAUAAUGGGAUUAGGGUUUCGGAAGUGGUUCGCUCUGGAAUCACCUUCAAAGCAGAAGGUUUAUCAUUUGCAGACGAUAAAGAUAUUGAUAACGACAAAGAAGCAGAAAACGAAAAGGUUGAAUUGGCAACAGGCCAGGAAGUCGAUAGAGCUGUCGAUUUGCAGUUCUUUAUGAAGGGAUUAGAAAUCGGUCGUCGUGAUGCUGCGACGCUGUUUUUUCUUGUGAGUUUUCUAUCUGCGGCUUACGGAUGGGUGAUUUUAGUUUUUCUUGUUACAUAUUCAUGGGUCUUGGGCGUCGUUUUCAUUGCUGUUGUUAACGAUCUAUUGGGGAGGUUUGGUUCGAUUGCUGGUAUGAUUUGGGAUGGUUCCAGACUGGGACUUAAGAGGCUUUCGGGUUUCAUUCUGAUGAGGUGGGCCGUCAGGGACGCCUUGACUCAGCUUGUUGGACUCUGGUACUUUGGUGAAAUCGAAGAUCAGUAUUCUUUUUUCAAGCUGUUUGUCAGAUUGAAAUUGAUGCCGUUCUCAGUCAUGUCUCCGUGGAUUCGAGGCUUUGAGAAGGAGAUUUCCGGGUUCUUGUUCACUUGGUUUCUACUUGAUACGUUUGUGGCAUUCAUAUUUUCUGUUGAUGCCUGGGUUUCUAUUGUGGACUCUAGGAGGAGUGGUAGAGAAAUUGUGAAGGAAGGUUGUUAUUUGAUAUCUACAAUGUUGAACCAAGCUAUCCAAAUUAAAUGCUUGGAAGCUAUAUGUUGUGGAUCAUUCGCGAGAUGGGUUUUAGCCCGAGUUUGUGGAAGAUCUUUUGCCAAGAUGUUUCAGUCGACGAUGGAGGUCUACUUCAUGGUUGCUUGGCUGGUGUUUUACUUUGCCGCCAGGUGUAAGGAUGCCAAUCUACAGGGUAGGAGGUUUGGGCAGAGAGAGUUGGAAGGCUUGCUUGAAGGUCAUAGAUGAUACAUGAUGGUGACUGGAUCCCGAUUUUUCUUGCUGGCUUUAACUGCCAUAUUUAACUCGCUGCAAUCCCUCACUUGUUAAUGUUUCUCAAUUUUGCAGCUUUGUCGGCCAUCAUUGCCAGUAUAUGAUUUUGUCACCAGCUAUGUAGUUUAUGUACUUUACAAGGAGGCCAAUAUACUAGUUGUGUAUAUUCCGAACGAGAAUACAUCAUGUGUAUAUUGUUCAUGCAAUGAUUUAAUUGGUUCAACCAAUUCUUGUUGGUGAUUAUAAUCCAUCACGCAUUUUGAAAU